AUGGAUUCGUACAUCAAUAAAGAAGUGGUGAUUAUAGGCAACGGGCCGUCAGCUAUAAGCUUGAGUUAUAUGCUGUCCGGCCACUGGCCUUAUUACACGAGUCAAUCGCAUCCCAACGAAUAUCUGCACCGGCGGCUCACCGAUGAAAGCGAGUUAAACAAGUCAUUAGUGGAACAGGACUUAGAAAUGCUGAGCGAUGGACUGGAAGGCCGUUCCAUCAAUAAAGUGUCGGUUCUGUUCGACCACUUAAACCAUCCGGAAGCCGAUUUCGGUUUCGAGAAUCCAUCGACACUCGAGUGGAGACACCGCUCAGACAAAGUUGUAGAUCACGUGGUGAUCGGCAAAGGACUUCCGGGCGGGGCCUGGCAUUCAAUGAACGACUGCAAAGAAAUUCUUACAAUAAGUUUGGGCUCUUGGAUGCAGUUGCCGGACAUGGAUAUAAGGAACUGGUGUUCAGAGCAUAGGAGGGAGAGCAGAGUGAGCCUGUCGACUGUCGCCAACUAUUAUAACAAUUACGUCAAAACGAAAGGUUUAAUGAAAAACUUUAAACACUUCUCUUCCGUCACUUCACUUGAAUUCGACGAACAAACCAAUAAAUACCGAAUCGAUGGCCACGACUCCAACGGCAAUCACUUCCAUUACAUGAGCCCCCGAGUAGUGUUGGCCACCGGUAACUGUGAUCGCGUCAACCGUAUGAAUGUUCCCGGAGAGGACCUGCCGUUUGUAUUGCAUUCACUUAACGAAUUGGAAACACUUAUAGCAGAAUCCAAAGUAAAGCCUUCUUCAGAUCCUAUCCUAAUAGUCGGCGCCGGUCUGAGUGCAGCCGACGCUGUCAUUGCCACCAGAUUCAGAAGAGUGCCCACAAUCCACGCCUUUCGGAGGCAUCCGGAGGACCCGUCGCUCAUAUUCAAUCAGUUGCCGGAGAAUAUGUAUCCGGAAUACCAUUGCGUUCACUCGAAAAUGAAGGGAAAGUUUACGUCCAGCUGUGGUUACGAACCGCUAGCCAUGCAUUGUGUCAAAGAAAUCAAAGCUAAUAAAGAGGUUCUCCUCUUAAACAUGAUUGGCGUCGACGACACGCAACUUACCACUUGUGUCAAAGUGAAGGUCUCAUACGUACUGGUGCUCAUCGGAAUGAAACCAAACCUCAAUUUCAUCAAAUCUAAGAGUCUAUUAGCAGAUCUGGGAAUCAAGAAAAACGUAGCCAUUGAUCCCCGAUCUAACCCAAUAGCCAUCAACUCAUAUACUCACGAAAGUCUGGCCUCUCCGGGACUUUACGCUAUGGGACCAAUCGUUGGCGACAACUUUGUCCGCUUCGUACAGGGAGGCGCCCUCGCCAUCACUCACCACAUCCACAGCCAUAACAACAACGACCCAUCCUUUUGUCAAUAA